CUGAGUUUAAGUAUUUAAAUUAAUUUCAUAUACAGAACAUGGUUUACACAACUUGUAUUAUUUUACUUUUUGUUGGUUUUCUACAAAUCUCAGGGAGAAUAAUAUGCAACAAAACUAAUUUGUGGUAUUUUAGACCAGCAAAACUGAAAUAUGAUGAAGCAAUGUUUCAAAUUCACAGUAAAAAUUCAACAACGUUAACACUAGAAGGCAUUUCUGGCGGUUGCUAUCAUUGCAAACAGCAAGUUUAUGCAUAUGGAACCAGUUCUAUUGCCGUGAAAGUGAAUACAGAUUAUGUGUUCCAUUACACUAUCAAGAACGUGACUGGUAAAAUUUGCCAUGGCUCAUACCAUUUUAAAGAGCACGGCCAUUACAAAGUGAUGGUGGGAGAUGAUGAAAAUGGUGACCAGGCGUGUAAUGAAGUUGAGGUGCUAAAAAAACCUGACUUUGUUUAUUUACCAUUGGUUGUGAUGUUUUCCAUCCUGUUGUUUCUAAUCAUCAUAUACAAUAUGUGCAAUAUUCUCUGGAGGAGACAUUUAUCGAAGCGUCAAAUUGGUUACACUAGAAUUAGUGGUGGAGAGUCAGACAAUUUAGUGUCAGAUCUUGACUCUUCUUCAAAAUAUGGCAGUGUCACAAAUAAUUAUAUUGCACCGAGUCAUCCAGUAAAUAGCCGACCAGCCACACGAACACGUUUAAAGUCGCUUGACACGUUUAGAGGGAUCAGCAUUAUAAUCAUGGUAUUUGUCAAUUACACUGGUGGGAGGUAUUGGUUUUUCAAUCAUUCAGCUUGGAAUGGACUCACUGUAGCUGACCUUGUCUUCCCAUGGUUUAUUUUCAUCAUGGGCACAUCUAUAUUUAUAUCGUUUAGGAGCAUGCGCAGGAAGCGUGUGUCUAAAAAAGCUAUUGCGUGGAAGAUAUCAUUUCGAACGUUAAAACUGUUAGCUUUAGGACUCUUCCUGAAUAACGGAUCAAAUCUCACUCACUGGAGAUUACCUGGUGUAUUACAGAGAUUUGCUUUAUCAUAUUUUGCUGUUGCUAUGGUGAACUUGAUAUUUACACCUGAUGAAGAUGAAAUUGAUACUCAUUACAACUACGACUGGCGUGAUGCAUUUAGGGACUUGACGUGGUUUCGUAUGCAGCAUAUAGUCAUGUUGUUGAUCCUGUUAGUGUAUCUUCUGUUGACAUUCCUGCUUCCUGUGCCAGGAUGCCCCAAAGGCUAUCUCGGUCCAGGAGGAAUUGGUGAUUAUGGUAAAUAUAAAAAUUGCACUGGUGGUGCAGCUAAAUAUAUCGACAUGAAAGUUUUUGGCCUUAACCAUAUUUAUCAAGGACCAACUUGUCAGGAUUACUACAAAUGUCAUGCGCAUGAUCCAGAAGGUUUGCUUGGAGUUCUUCCUUCCAUACUUUUGACAUAUUUAGGCCUGAUGGCUUCUAGAAUAUUAUUUUUAUACUCAAAACAAAGCAGUCACAUUAAAAGAUGGUUGAUAUGGGCAGUUGUGUGGGGCGCUAUUGCAUGUGGUUUAUGUGGAGCAUCACAAAAUAAUGGUGUGAUACCUGUCAACAAGAACCUGUGGUCAUUAUCGUUUAUUUUGGUAACUGGAUCAAUGGCUUUCUUCUUGCUGACAAUAUGUUAUAUUCUUGUUGAUGUCAAACAUUGGUGGAGUGGGGCGCCAUUUUAUUUUUCAGGCAUGAACGCCAUUUUGUUAUACGUUGGACACGAGUUGCUGCGUGACUAUUUCCCUUUUGACUUUCAUAACAACAGUCAGCAUUCAGAAUUGUUGACACGAGCAGCAGUUGGAGCUGGCGUGUGGCUUGUUGUGUCGUACAUGUGUUUUCGAAGUAAUAUAUUCUGGAAAUUAUAACACGGAUACUUGUAUUAGUAAUUUAUGCAGCUCUUGCUGUUAAUUUAUGCAAUGUAUUAGUUGUUAAAUUAUGCAGUUUUACGUCAUCAACAACUUAAUAUCUGCGUUAAAAUUUGAAACUUCUUUAAAGACAUUUAGUAUAAGUAUUUGAUAAAACAAAUUAUUUUUAAGCUGCGGUUUUAGAAAGAAUGUUUUGUAUGCAAUCAAGUGCAAUUGAAAAUUGAGUAACAAUGACGGGCAUCGCUCUUGACUUGAUCUUCAAUCAAAAACAUAUUUCGACAUAUUUUAAUCAGGCGAAUUAUUUUAGUAAUGAAUUUGACGGAAUAUUGUAAUUUUCGUCAAAAUGGUUUGUUAGAACUGGUAAGCGAGUUCUGUCAAACAUGAACCAUUUAUAGCAACCUGUGUAUCAGCUCCUAAUUUAUGCGAUAGGCUUAUAUUUGUUAAUUUACGCAGUUCUAGCUAAUGGAAGAAAGUCCUUCAGUAUGGUAAUUUAUGCAACUCUAGCUGUAAAUUUAUGCGUCAGUUUUAUUAUAUCUAAUUUCGUUUGAAAUUAUGUUGCCAGCCUACUGAUUGGUUCUUUGAUGUUAAUUAUUCUUUUGUUUGAAAUUUUUAUAUUACAGGCCAUAUCUACAUUUGUUGAGUGCGAAAAAUAUUUACGCACCCGUAAAAUUGGCUAACUUUCAGGAAAAAUUAGUUGUUUGACAAGUUCGAAUUCAAAUGACAUUUAAUUUAUUUAUUCUACGGAGAAAACUUUUGACAUUUUUAUAUUUUGAUAUUUUUUUUUAAUAUAAUCAAUUUCAUUACUUGUAUUAUACUUUUUGUGGAUUUUUUGUAAGUGCUUGAUGGUACUUGAUUUCCCCUGA